CAGCAGAACAACACAUCGUGUAAAAAAGUUGAAACCAAAUCAAGUUACUUAAAAAUGUUUAAAGAAAUUUUUGUGAUUGUAAGCCUCAUGGCAAUAGUUAUGGUUCAAGCUCAUCCCGCAGAAGAUUUAGAAAGUCAACAAGCUGACCAAGUUGAUUUGAACCCAAGUGAAGUUGAUUCUGGUUCUGAUCUUGAAGGGUCUGAAUCAAGAUAUGGAGGGUGGGGACGAGGAUACGGAGGAUGGGGUCGUGGAUAUGGAGGUUGGGGUCGUGGAUACGGUGGAUGGGGGCGUGGGUAUGGAGGAUAUGGCGGAUGGGGUCGUGGCUAUGGAGGAUAUGGUGGAUGGGGCCGUGGAUAUUAUGGACGACCGUAUUGGGGCUAAAAAUAAUCAAAAGUUCUGAUCAAGAUUUAUCGAAUUUAAUUUAAGUGAUUUGUGAUAAGAUUUUAGAAAGAAAUUAAGAAAGAAAAUUUGAUUUAAAAAUAUUUAAAA